AUGCAAUCCCAACGCAACAUCGAUGACGACGACUCUGCUCUGGCUAACAAGGUGGAGAGCUUUCAGCGAUCGUUGAGUCUGAGCAACUUGGACAUCGCAAGAUUAUUCCAAGAUGAUGCUGUGCUGUCUGCCGAAUUUGAUGAUAAUGCGAUGAGUUCGUCUAAUAGCAGCUUUGGCGAUGACAUUGACGCUCUUUGGGAAAACGCAAGCAACGCAGAACAGUGGGCUUCCAAACAGGCGAGACAAGAGGCAUUCCUCAAAGCUUCCGCCAUGUCUCAUGAAAACCAAGCGAAGAAGAAGAACCACGAAGAAGUCCAGUUCGACUGCUUUGGCUUUCCUCUCUUUGACUUGCAGGCCGACAGUCCUCCUCCUCCAAGAACGUCCCAGAAGGCAGAUCACAAGCCAUGCUCCUUUCCUGAAUUGCCAUCCAUGUCAUUGCUAGACAGUGAGAAGGCCGCUCGCAGAGCAAGAAGGCGCAGAUCCAAGAACACUGCCAAGAGCGACUCGGCCCUUCCCGUUGCAACUGCCCUCCUGCCGCCGCCACCACCACCAAUGAGACGAAGACGAAGUACUGGAUUGCUCAGCUGCAAGUCUCAUCACCAACAGAGUGAUGCAUCAAAUAUUGCGGAGCCCUUUGCAAAGCGGUCUCGUUCGUCUGCCGGAUUGAAGGCGGAGGAAGGCUCGGCAAGGCCACGAAGGCGCAAAAGCUUUAACGGUGGCACUUCUGGACUUUUGGGACUUGAUAAAAGCUUAAAUGCACAUUCCAUGUCCAGUUCCCAACGCUGCCUUCGGACCAGCGGCCGCUUUCAUGGCAUGUCCUCCUCACAACGUGGUCAUCUCCAUUCACCUCAGAGCAGCCGACACAGGCUCCAUCAAAGUCGAAGACCCCGCCGCACUCUCAGCGAUGGCUUUUUGUGUGACCUAGAAGCCGAGGAGUCUGCCCCGUCCCAUCACGGUAAAACCACAGUGGUACCUGCCUCUAACAAAAGGUCUCGUCGUCGCAGUGGCAGCAGGCGAAGGUCUGUCGUGGCCGGCACUUCUCCCUCGAACCACAACAACACCAUCGGCCACAACCAUGGCAAGGAGAGACGAGACUCUGGCAGAAGUGCAGACAAGUCAGGACCUCACAAUAACAAGACAGAGCGGCGGCGAGCACGGAAAAAUGAUGCUUGCCCUGGAACCCCCAAACGACUGAACAGAAGCGCGAGAAACCUCAUGGAAGACUCGCGGCAGACAGCUGCCGGUGUACGAUACUAG